UGGGACUUUGUGGUGGAAGCAGAGAUCUCGGGCCGAUAGGCCCGAGAUCGUAGCCCACCAUUGAGCCCGACGGGGGUGCGGGGGCAGCGCCCCCGCGGUACGGACCUGUUCAAUUUUAGGGUUUCUUCUGUACUAUAUAUAUUUAGUUUUCGACUGUAAUUAGGGUUUUAAGGUAUCGCACAAUUCGGCUCACCUUUUGUACCAAUCUUUCGAUAUUGGAUUUGCUUCUCCCUGUCCGUGGUUUUUCCCGUCAAGGGUUUCCACGUUAAUUGUGUGUUUGUUCUUCGCUUUCUUUGUUUCCGUUGCUAUUUGUUUUUCUCCCAAUUUCGUAACAAUUAUUUAUGUGCUGUUCCUUCUUUCGACCAGCUCAACCACCCUUCCCAUUCAGACCACCCUCUCACUCUACAGCCUAUAGAUAAAAAUUAUAGGUGUGCUAUGUGUUCUAGUCAUUAUGAAAAUUGGUCUUAUUCAUGUGAUCUGUGCAAUUUCAGCAUAGAUAUUUAUUGUGCUCUGAAGAGCCCCACCGUGGCAUUCGAAAGCAAAGAGAAGGGUCAACAUCUUUGUCAUAAGCAACCAAUGAAACAUGUCGAGAUCAAGCAUGGUAAAGAAGUUAAGUGCUAUAUAUGUGAGCUACCAUUGUUGAGGCAAGCAUAUACUUGCAACAUUUGCAGGUAUUUCUUUCACAAAUCAUGCAUUGAGUUGUUGCCUGAACCUAUCCAUCUUAAACCAACUCUAAUGUAUCCAACUCAUGAUCACCUCCUAUGUCUUAAGAGGAAAAGAAAUGAAGAUGAAAAAACCAGAUGCAAUGCCUGUUAUACCUAUUGUAAGCAAUUGGUUGCCUGUAAUGAACUUGCUCAUACUGAACGUUACAUAUUUUGUUGUCAAAAUUGUAACUUCGAGGUUCAUUUGCUUUGUGGUCUCUUACCAUGUGUUAUUAAACAUAAUUGUCAUAUUCAUCCUCUUACACUUGUUGAUUCACUCGUCGAAGAUGAUACUGGUGAAUAUUACUGUGACGUUUGUGAAACCGAAAGAGAUCCGCGAAUUUGUGUGUAUUACUGUGAAGAAUGCAAAUUUAUCUCCCAUGUCUACUGUGUGAUUUCUGAGGUUGUACGUAUACUACAGGGAGACUGUAAAGAUGUUGAGCUUCGGAUUGUCGGACAAAGGAUAUCGGUUGUAAAACCAGAACAUAUUCUAAAACAGGUUGAGAAACGAAUAAACAAUGAAGGAUUGGAACAGGAAGAGGUAAUCUUUCUCACAUUGGAAAUGUUGAUCUUGUUGACAGGGCAAGAACAAGGUAUAGAUUUAAAUAAUCAUUUGAAUUUUAAUGCACUGGAAGAAUUAGAGGAAGCAGAUAAGGAAGGCAAUGAUGAUUUGAUGGAUCACUUAGGUAUUUUGUUGAUAAUUAGAUGUUUAACUGAUCAAAGAAAAAAAUACAUUAAUUUUGACCCAAAAAACAACUUAACCAAAAGUGGAAAUCAAGAAGAACAAACCAGAGAAAGCAUCCAAGAUCAAUUUUCGUCUUAUACUUUUGAAGAGCUCGUCCGCAGGCUCAAGAAUUUCAAUCAUCCAACGAGGUGGAGUAAAAUAACAUCGAAUGAGUUGAGGUUGAAAACUGUGAAGGUUGGAGGUUAUGUGAUAACUUGGAACUUAGCCUAUGUUCUUAAAGAUCUGCUUGAUAAUCAUGGAGAUAUUAGUGGUGGUGACAAUAAUAAGUUGAGUCUAUCAUUUAAGUGUUUCAUUUUUUUCCUUGUUUGUCGACUCUUAUACAACAUGUCAAGAACAAUGGUAAUCGAUUUGACUGAAGAUCUUCUCGGAGAUUGGUAUGCUUGCAUGCAAUUUGUGAAAUCUAAGGGCUUUAAAGUCGACUUUAUCAAUUAUGGUCUAGAACAAGUCACUCGUGCUUAUUUUGGUCUUCAAGCAGAACUUGAAGAGUAUGAAAGACAUGUGACUGGUAAAAUAGAUUCGAGCUUGGAGAUAAAAGAUGACUUAGUGAAAGAUUGUAUGAUGAAGGCCACAAAAUUGAAGUGGAAAUACGUAACUGAUUGUCUGUCUUAAUGUAAUAUAAUAUAUAAUUGCUUGUGGACAUAUAUUAUAGGCAAGUUAGUUUUGGUGU